AUGGAGCCAGGAUCAACUGUCAGUGCUGUGCGAAGCCAGAGGGUUUUGUGUGGAGAGGAAAUUCGACCUGCAGUUAUCAUAAUAAAGGAAGGAAAGAUUCAUAGCAUUCUGCCUGAUUCAGAAGCUUCAGCGCACACAGCUGGAAAGUGGAUGAUGGGGAACAGUCUGAUAAUGCCAGGUAUAAAGGACUGUCAUGUUCAUGUUAAUGAACCAGGCCGUACCUCCUGGGAAGGGUAUUGGACUGCCACACAAGCAGCUGCUGCUGGAGGAGUCACCACAAUUGUAGACAUGCCUCUAAACAGCAUCCCACCAACUAUAACUCUUAGAAAAUUUCAUGAGAAGCUGUGUGCUGCUACAGGACAGUGUUUUGUAGACACAGCAUUUUGGGGAGGAGUCAUCCCUGGAAACAAGCUGGAGCUGAGGCCGAUGGUUCAGGCUGGUGUUGCUGGAUUUAAGUGCUUUCUGAUUCACAGUGGAGUGGAUGAGUUUCCUCAUGUGAGUGACACAGAUCUGCAUGCAGCUAUGAAACAGCUCCAGGGCACAGGCAGCGUUCUGCUGUUUCAUGCAGAGCGAGAAGUCCAGCAUGCAGCUGCUGAGAAAGGGGAUCCACAUGAAUAUUCCACCUUCCUGAGGUCCAGGCCUGACAUUAUGGAGAUUGAGGCCAUCCAUACCGUCACUCAGAUCUGCUUACAAUAUCAAGUAAGAUGCCACAUUGUGCACCUGUCAUCAGCCCAGCCUCUGGAGCUCAUCAGGGCAGCAAGAAAGGCUGGAGCUCCACUGACUGUAGAGACCACCCAUCACUACCUCAACCUGUGUGCAGAGAGCAUUCCAGCAUGUGCAACUCAGUUUAAAUGCUGCCCCCCGAUACGAGACGCAGCCAGCCGGGAGCUCCUAUGGUCUGCACUCAAAGCUGGUGAUAUUGAUAUGGUUGUGUCAGAUCAUUCACCAUGCACACCUGACCUAAAGUGUUUAGACAGUGGUGAUUUCACACAGGCAUGGGGAGGGAUCUCUUCUCUGCAGUUUGGUUUAUCUUUGUUCUGGACAUCAGCUUUUAAAAGAGGGUUUUCAUUUUUUGACACAGUAAGACUCUUGUGUAAAGAGCCUGCUCAACUAUGUCGCCUUGACGACCAAAAAGGGAGUCUCAUUCCAGGUCACGAUGCAGACUUAAUCAUUUGGGAUCCAGAAAAAGAGUUUACGGUGAACAAAGACAACAUACAUCACAAAAACAAGUUAACACCGUACCUUGGUCUUGCUCUGCGAGGGAAGGUGAAGGCCACUAUAGUCCGAGGGAAGGUGGUUUACAAUCAUGGCUGUUUCAGUUUUCAGCCUCUUGGGAAGCCUCUCUUUAUUCAGCACAAGACACCGUCCCCUUUGUAA